AUGCCCAUCCCUGUGGGCGACCCCCGCAUGAGGCUCCUCAAAACCGCCUUUGUCAUCUACUAUCACGCUGACCUUGCCAAAGCGCGGCAGUUCCUAUUGGAUUUUGGGCUGUCAAUAGUCGAGGAGUCCCACGGCAAAAUCUUUUUUGCGGGUUAUGGUUCCGAACCAUAUGUCUAUAUUGCAAGGCAAGCAAAAAGUGACAGCGAGUUCGGAGGCGCCGCAUAUGAAGUGGAGAGUCAUGAAGAGCUCGAACGGGCAACCAAAAUUGCCAAUGCGACUCCAAUCUUCGAAGUGGACGGUCCUGGGGGUGGUGAAGCGGUCACUCUGACAGAUCCUGUUGGUCACAAGGUGCACCUUGUCUACGGUCAAACACCGAAGCAGCCAGACAAUCCAAAUCUUGAAAAACUCACACUGAAUUAUGAAGACGAGAAACCGAGAAAAGGCCGAUUUCAGCGGUUUACGCAUGGCCCAGCACCAGUACAUCGCUGGGGUCACUACGGUGUGACCUAUCCGGAGGGCAAGUUCCAGGAAAUGUAUGACUGGUAUACCAGUACUUUGGCAUUGGCGCCAUCAGACGUUGUAGAGCGGGACGGCAAGCCCAUCACCGCCUUCUUCCAUAUCGACAGAGGUCUAGAGUUUACGGACCACCACGCCUUUUUCUUCAAAAGAACCAAACCAGGCCAAAAGCCAAGCGUUGCUCAUGCGGCUUUUGAAGUCCACGAUUUUGAUAUCCAACAGUUAGGUCAUCAACAUCUGACUGCGAAAGGAUAUCGUCCGUGCUGGGGAGUGGGAAGGCACGUUUUGGGUAGUCAAGUUUUCGACUACUGGUUCGACACAAGUCAAUUCGUGAUGGAGCAUUACGCUGAUGGUGAUCUGGUCAACUCCGAGACCGAGGUCGCUCACGUUCCAGCAGGACCUGAGGCACUUUAUGUCUGGGGGCCUCCAAUUCCAGAAACAUUUUCGUAG